CUUGCUGCGAUGGGCGGAGAGAUGGAUGGACGGAUGCCCGGGCAGGCUCCGGAGGCGGGCAAAGGGACUCCAAUUCCCGCCAUGCACCGGGCCCGGUGGCGUCCAUAGCAACGGGAGGGCCGGUCGGGGGCCAGAGCAGAGCAGGGAGGCCGGUCGGGCCGGGGAGGGAGCGCCGCGAUGGGGCAGGACUACUACGCCGUCCUGGAGCUCACCCGCAGCGCCAAGGACGCCGACAUCAAGAAGGCUUAUCGGAAGCUGGCUUUGAAGUACCACCCUUAUAAAAACAAGGAACCCUGGGCUGCAGAGAAAUUUAAGCAGCUUGCAGAAGCCUAUGAUGUCUUGAGUGAUCCGGUGAAGAAGGGCGUUUAUGAUAAAUUUGCCGAAGAAGGCCUUAAAGGAGGGAUUCCUUUGGAGUUUACAGUCGACACCCCUUGGACGGAAGGCUAUGUGUUCCACGGAAACCCUGAGAAGGUCUUCCGGGACUUCUUUGGAGGAGACAACCCCUUUGCUGAAUUCUAUACUGGAGAAGGGGCCGAAGUGAACAUGGCAUUUGGGGGGCUGCGAGGGAGGGGAGCGAAGAAGCAGGACCCUCCGAUCGAGCGAGAUCUCUACCUUUCUCUGGAGGAUUUAUUCUAUGGAUGUACCAAGAAAAUCAAGAUUUCACGCAGGGUAAUGAAUGAUGAUGGCCAUGCGUCCACCAUUAAAGAUAAAAUUUUAACGAUUGAUGUACGGCCAGGAUGGAAACAAGGAACCAAGAUUACCUUUCAAGAGGAAGGAGACCAGGGCCCGAAUAUUAUCCCAGCGGACAUCAUCUUCAUUGUAAAGGAGAAGCUCCAUCCCAGGUUUAAAAGGGAGGAUGACAACUUGAUCUAUGUGGCCAGCCUGCCUCUGGGAAAGGCUCUGAUUGGGUGCACAGUGGAUGUCAGAACGCUGGACGAGAGGCUGCUCAACAUUCCCAUCAAUGACAUUGUCCACCCCAAGUACUACAAAGUGGUGCCAGGGGAAGGGAUGCCCUUGUCCAGCGACCCCACCUGCAAGGGGGACCUCAUCAUGUGUUUCGACAUCAUCUUCCCUGCAAGGCUGACCCCUGCCAAGAAGGAUCUCUUGAGGCAUGCCCUUUUGACUUGAGGAUGGGCCAACCACACUUGCACAACAGGACACCCCUUUUGCUUCCGUUGAACCCUUUGAAGAAAUAAACGUUUCUAUU